CAGAUUCAUUUUACAUCAUGGUUGACAGCGCGACAGUCAUCGCGUUGGUGGUUUCUCUCGUUGCGCUUUUCGUGUCAUUUCUACAACUGAUCGGUCAGUUGUUCGGCACAGCAGAGGGCUAUCGACGCUGCAGAAGACCGUUCAUUGGGCCCUGGUAUGCUCUCACUAAAAGUCAUUGGCUGUGGUCCGAAUUUCGAUACGAGAUAUUCUACACAACACCAGAUAUUCUCCUGGUAGAUAAUUCGGCAUCGAGCGGGAUUACAAAAGCUGAACAUCUUUGGAGACUGAACUCGCCGCAUUUCAAUGGGCGCUCGAAACGCGUGCAAGCUCGAAAAGAUCCAACUUUUCUGACGGUCCACGGCGAAGAAGCCCUGAAGCUUAACAAUCUUCGAUGGAAGGAAAGAAUUCCACGAAUAUGCAAGAAUCUACUGAAGGGAAUCAAGCGUCACGUCUGUCUGCCAUUCCACUCCAGCGACAUCGAAGAAGAUGAAGAAGACCGAGGAGAGACUGCUGAGCUUGUCGUUUCUUGGAUCCAACUAUUGAGAGAACUUCACGAUUUAUAUCCCCAGCGCCCAUCCGACCCUUCUGCUCACGAGACGGCUGUAGUUGUUCGGCAUCGCAGGUACUCCUGGGACCUCAUUCCUCAGGGCGUCACCCGACCACUGGCGACUGCACGAGUCAGUGAUGUAGUGAUACUUGGGCUACGUCUUGGAAUGGAGUGGCGCGAAAUCAAGCCUCGAGACUCGAAAAUGUAUGCCGAUGGCAAUGGCUACAGUAUUCGUUCGUUGGAUGUCCCGGCGGCUGGAUGCAUUCUGGCUUUCGAAAAAUCCAAGUUACAUUCAACAGGCGAGCAUUCCCCAGACCCAGAGGCCACAGGGUACCCGCUGUAUAUACCUUCCUCCACGGUGGAUGCCAUGGCGUGUAACGUCCUGUCUACUUGUCCAAGGUUGAUGGGAAGACAAAAAGAGACGACAGAUCCUGGAAAUGAGAAAUCAACCAUGAAGCCUGACAAGACCGCUAAACCAAUCCGAUUCUUCAUGGUAGACAAAGAACGGAUAGUUCAGGUCUGGGUUCUAUUGAGCUUCCUUGAUGUUCCGGAUGAGAUAUGGAACAAAGGCAGUGCACUCGAUUUGCCCGCAAUUGCACCUGAGCGCCAGCUCAUAGAUUGGUUGAGACCAUGGCGACGAACAGCAUUCAACGAUUUGAUCUUCUUGAUCACGCCAUUUCUACCCAUCGAGGGUGUACCUACGAUCAAGGUGUUGUUCAACGGAUUCUGCGGUAUGCAAGCUCUGAGUGUUUUCAACCAUUUCGAAGCUCGCAUAGCGCUACUUACACGCAUUGAGAAGCGCUGUCGGCCUAUUGUCGACUCAAAAUAUUUGUCACAACUGGAUUCCAACGAGAAAGAGAAGAUUUUGUCGCAACUAAGCCCCGAUGAGAGAGAUCUUAUAAAUGUCUACGAGGAUUUCCGGAGUCUCGAGCGAGAUUGGGCAGGAGAUUUAUACAUGAAAGUAUAUGGAAGCCCGGCCGCUGUCGGCUAUGGCCGAGCUGGAGAGGGCCUUAAUCAGAAGCGGCGACUUGAAUUGAUCGAAUUUUGCAAAGAGAAGCACGAGAACACCACAAAGUACUUCGAAGGGUUGGCGGCAUCGUAUGGACUUAGCUUCAAACAACUGUUGAAUGCGCAUUUUGUAAUAACCGCGAAGGCUUCGAUGGAGAUGCAACGAGAUUGGGAUACAGGCCAACAAUUCAGGAACGAUAAGGAGUGGAGGAAACUGUAUCCAGGCGAAACACCAUACACGGAACGAUCUCAUCGUGCUCUCUGGGACCUUUGCUUUCGAGAACUGUUCGCCAUCGGCUGGAAGUAUGUUGACUGUGUUGAGAGAUGGGACCUGUGUACACAUUUGAAGGACACGUUUGGUUGUGAGCUGUCGCCUACGAAGGUCGAAGCUAUUUGGUGGCAUUUGAUGCUCCGAGGUAUCGUGCAAGGGAUGGUUGUAAUAUUUGAAAAUGGCAGAGUUGUUCCGUCAUAUGUUUAUGGGGACAACACAACAGUGUACUUUACAUGA